CGUCCGCAAGUUUCUCUUCCCAGAUCCCCGCUCCUGUGGGACUCCCCGGGGCAGGACUCGUUUCUGCUUUCUCGAAGUCCCGCGGCGGGAAGAGGGCGUCCCGGACCUCUGGCUCGGCUAGCCCUCCCCAUCCCCCUAUCCCAUCCCCCUUCUUCCCCUAGGACCUCAUGGUGCUGGUCUUUUGAGAGCUGGGGGGAUUUCCGGGCAGCUGGAGGCUGGGAAGGAAGCCUCCUUCCCCGCGGGGUCCCGGCCCGCCGCCCUCCCAGCCAGCUCCAGCUGUGCGCGGUUGCGACUGCCAGGGGGCGGGAUACUCCGGCCCCAGCCCACGUGGGCUCCGCGCCGGGCUCGCCCUCGGCACGCGGGGGUUUGAGCCCUUCUAGGUCCCGGGGGCAGGAGCUGCUCCGCGACUGCGCCUCUCUCCCCAGGUGCCAGACAUUUAAAUGCAACAACCUCUGCGCGGAAGCCACAGCUCAGACAGGGUCAUGUUCUGUCACCCAUGCCUGAGUCCAGCGGUGCAAUCAUAGAUCAUUGCAGCCUCUGUUGAGCCUCCUGGGCUCAACUGAUCCUCCUACCUUGGCUUCCCAAAGCACUGAGAUUACAGGAAUAAACCACUGGGCAUGGCCUCAGAAACGCUUCAGAAAUAAGUGCCUGAGUUCUUCAAAUGUGAAUGCCCGAAAGACACAGAAGAAGGCAAGGAAAAGAGGAAUCAGGUACAGAAGUGGAACAUGAGAGUGGACCUGGAGUGUGACCAUGGAAGCCCAGCACCACAUAGAGACAAAUGGGGAAACUGAGGGCUGCAGAGGUUAAUCAGCUGAAGGGCACAGGCACACACAUCUGGUUUGUGGCCAACUGGAUCCUGGACUGAAGCCAUGUGAAGCCAGCACCCGGCAAGGCAGUGGGGACAGGAAAGGAGCCGCGGCUAUCUCAAUGUAGGAUCUGCACACAGUAGGUGCUCAGUUAACUGGCCGGGUAAUUUACAGCCACAGCAGGAUGGGCCAGUGCCCCCAGCCAGGUGGAAGCGACUCUCCCUCGACCCGCCCCGCCACACCGGCAGUCUGGGAGGGCCCCGGCCCCUCCCGCGGCCCCGCCCCUUCACCUGUGCAGGCUGCACACCUGGAGCCGCCUCCGGAAGAGGGGACGGGAGGCCUCGGAGGGAGCCCGGCGGCUUCGGAUGCAGCAGGUGACAUGAGCUUUCCAGAUGGGCCCAGCUUCUCAUCGUCGGGGCUGCUUUCUGGGGGUACCUCUCCCAGCGGCGACGAGGGCUUCUUCCCCUUUGUGCUGGAGCGGCGGGAGUCAUUCCUGGGAGGGGGCCCAGGGCCUGAGGAGCCAGAGGACCUGGCCCUGCAGCUGCAGCAGAAGGAGAAAGACCUGCUGUUGGCCGCAGAGCUCGGCAAGAUGCUUCUGGAGCGAAAUGAGGAGCUGCGGCGGCAGCUGGAGACACUGAGCACCCAGCACUCGGAGCGUGAGGAACGGCUCCAGCAAGAGAACCAUGAGCUCCGUCGAGGGCUGGCAGCCCGGGGAGCUGAGUGGGAGGCCAGGGCCGUGGAGCUGGAGGGAGACGUGGAGGCCCUGCGGGCACAGCUGGGGGAGCAGCGCUCAGAACAGCAGGACAGUGGGCGAGAACGGGCGAGGGCCCUCGGUGAGCUCAGUGAGCAGAACCUCCGCCUCAGCCAGCAGCUGGCCCAGGCCUCCCAGACUGAGCAGGAGCUUCAGAGGGAACUGGACACCCUUCGGGGACAGUGCCAGGCUCAGGCACUGGCUGGGGCAGAGCUGAGGACGCGGCUGGAGAGUCUGCAAGGGGAGAACCAGAUGCUGCAGAGCCGCCGGCAGGACCUGGAGGCCCAGAUCCGAGGCCUGCGUGAGGAGGUGGAGAAGGGCCAGGGCCGCCUGCAGACCACCCACGAGGAGUUGUUGCUGCUGAAGCGGGAGCGGCGGGAGCACAGCUUGGAGCUGGAACGCGCACGCUCCGAGGCCGGGGAGGCGUUGAGCGCGCUGCGGAGGCUGCAGCGGAGAGUCUCGGAGCUGGAGGAGGAGUCACGACUCCAAGACGCCGACCUGUCGAGCGCCUCGCUGCAGUCGGAGCUGGCACACAGCCUCGACGAGGACGGCCAGGGCCAGGGCGCUGACGCACGCGGAGACGCCCCGACCACCCGGUCCCCAAAGACCCUAGAGGCGUCCAGGCCCCAGCCUUCACCCCCAGAGGAGAGCUUAGAGCCCCCCAAGAAGCGAGCAUCCCUCAGCCCAGCGGAGAUACUAAAGGAGCAGGAGGCGGAAGUGGCCAAGCUGCAAGAUGAGAUCGCGCUACAGCAGGCAGAGCUGCAGGCCCUGCGGGAAGAGCAGCAGAGGCAGAAGGAACUGCGGGCGCAUGACGACCCUGGGGAAGCCCUGAACAGGGCCCUCUCAGACCGGGACGAGGCCGUGAACAAGGCCCUGGAGCUGUCCCUGGAGCUCAAACGUGUCUCUCUGGAGCGAGACUCCCUGUCCCGGGAGCUGCUGCGCGCCAUCAGCCAGAAGGUGGCGCUCACGCAGGAGCUGGAGGCCUGGCAGGACGACAUGCAGGUGGUGAUCGGGCAACAGCUGCGCUCACAGCGCCAGAAGGAGCUGAGCGCCGCCGCGUCGUCGUCGACCCCGCACCGCGCCGCGCCCCGCUUCUCGCUGCGCCUGGGCCCGGGGCCUGCCGGCGGCUUUCUCAGCAACCUCUUCCGAAGGACCUGACGGCGGGGCCCGGGGGGCUGCCCUUGCCCACUUGGGGGCCCACUUUCCUCUUCUGGCCAAUGGAGCGACAGGGCACGGAUUGUCUUCCAAGAGGUGCUGAUGCCCUCCCCGCCCCAGGAGGAUGGGCAAGAGCUCAUCGGGAGCGGAGCCAGCUUUGUGGGGCAGAAGCUCCAGGUGGGUUGCAGGGGCAGGUGAACAGAGCUGUCGAUUUUCCGAAUCAAUAUAGGUCUGUCUUUUCCAGGGCGGGGAUUUAUGGGGUAUUUCUAGGGCAGGGAUGGGGCUGGGUAUUUAUGUAUCAAGAUCGGAGAGAUUAAUAUAUAAAUCACGCCACCGAUUUGGCCUCCAUUCGUGGAAAGAGCGAGCGUGGAAGAAAAGCCUGAAACUUUAUUGUUAAAAAAAAAAAA